UUUUUUAUCAUAAAAUUAAAAGUCCACUUUUCCACAAUAUAUACUCCCAAUCCUUUCCCUUUAUACAUUACUCAAGCUUUUUCCUUGCCGUAUUCUAUGCUACUUUCUCUAUCUCUCUGUCUUUUCUUUUGACGUGGAAAUUAUGGAGUUCAACCAAAGCUCUCACUCAAACAAUAUUGAUCACCAUCUUCAUCUCCAAUUCAAUUCCAACCAUGAUCAUCAUCUCCUUCUCCAUGACCAUCCACAAAUACCCCAUCUUUCUUCACAACUAAGCCUUCCUUCACUUCCAUCACUCACUUCACAAUCCCACAAUCACUACCAAUAUCCGAAUUCAGACACUACUAAUACCAUCCAUCACCACUGCCUAACCACUUUCAAAUGCCAAACUACAACUCUUACUACUUCAUACAUAUCUUCCCUCACCGUUGCCGGAAAAUCCAUCAUCACUGCCACUUCCGACGGUGAAAUCCGGUCAUGGAACCUCGACGAGGAAAAGAACUACAACUCAAUUGAUUACAACAUCCUCAUGGCUGCAGGGAAAGGUGCAGUGAAAUCCCUGGUGGUUUCAGGCCAUGAAAAACUCCUCUUCAGUGCUCACCAAGACCACAAAAUCCGAGUAUGGAAGAUCGAAAAUCAUCACGACCAACACACCGAUCACAAAAAGCUUAGUCGCUUAGCUACUUUACCGACACUCAGCGAUCGAGCAUCGAAGCUUCUAAUUCCCAACAACCAUGUUCAAAUUCGCCGCCACAAGAAAUGCACUUGGGUGCACCAUGUGGACACAGUGUCCGCGCUGGCUUUGUCAAUGGACGAACAACUCCUCUACUCCGUUUCAUGGGACCGAACACUCAAGAUAUGGCGAACCGCCGACUUCAAAUGCUUGGAGUCGGUGAGGAACGCCCACGACGACGCUAUAAACGCCGUUGCAGCCUCCGUUGAUGGUUAUAUUUAUACAGGUUCAGCAGACAAGAAGAUCAAGAUAUGGAAGAAAAAUAUGGAAGAGAAAAAACACUGUUUAGUUGGUUCGCUGGAGAAGCACAACUCUGGUAUUAACGCACUGGCUCUGAGCUCGGAUGGGUCGGUGUUGUAUUCAGGUGCAAGUGAUAGAUCGAUUGUGGUUUGGGAGAAGGAUAGUGGUGGUAUUAUGGAAGUUGUUGGUGCCCUUAGAGGUCAUAGCAAAUCAAUAUUGUGUUUGGCUGUUGUGGAAGAUGUGAUAUUCAGUGGUUCAGCAGAUCAAAGUAUAAGGAUUUGGAGAGGUAAAGAUAGGAAUUAUUCAUGUUUGGGAGUUUUGGAAGGUCAUUCUGGUCCUGUUAAGUGUUUAACAGCAGAAAUUGAUGAUUGCAAUUCUUGUGAGGAUGGUAAUUCCUAUCUUGUUUACAGUGGUGGAUUGGACGGUGACAUCAAGGUCUGGCAGAUUAUUGUUCCAAAUUAAUCUCUGAUAUAGAGAAUAGAUUAUUAUUAUUAUUAUUAUUAUUAUUUAUUUUCUUCUUAUUUUUAGGUUUGAAAAUGUUUGAACAAUUUUUUGAAGAUUUCAUGCCUCUAAAGAGUUUCUAACCGAUUAAGCUCUUAUGAAAAAAAUGAAGCAAAAGUUAUUCCCGAACAAGAUCCAUUUGAGAUUCUGCUACAAUUUUAGUAUACACAAUAAAAUAAAAUAAAAUUUUUAAUUUUUAUUUUAUUUU